AUGUUCAGAAGAUCUUUGUCCACUGUCGCUAAAAUGAAACCAGUCACUAUCAAAUGUUUGGCCGAUGUUUGUGUCAUUCCAGUGAGUUCACCAUCAGUCUCUGAUGAAGUUGCCAAAAUUCAAUUACUUUUGAAAGAAACAGGUAUUAAACACACAUUACACAGUGCUGGUAGUACUUUGGAAGGUGAAUGGGAUACUUGUAUGAAUGUCAUUGGCCAAAUCCAUGAAAUGCUUCAUAAAGAAGGUGUCUUGAGAGUUCAAAGUGAUAUCAGAGUCGGUACAAGAACUGAUAAGGGUCAAACCGCACAAGAUAAGAUUGAUAUUGUCCAUGAAAAGAUGAAGAGAGGUUUUAACAAUUGA